AUGUAUCUGAAUUUGGCACCUAUCUUUCAAAAGGACCUCACUUCCUUCCUACUUCCUAGUAAGGAUUUUUAUUCUGGAAUUACUAGCAUUAAUGAACUAGAAAUAACAUUCAUUUCUACCCAGGAGAACUUCGACAAGCGUUUCUCCGACGCCUGGCGAAGGGUGUUGGUGCCCGAAAGCUUUGCAAGUCGAGAAUUAUUUUUUGUUGCAAAAAAGUCUCCGACCACACACACGAGAUGCCAGGCUCAUGGGGAAAUCCAUGACUUAUUCAAAGAUUAUGAAAUAAAGUAUUGUUAUGUGGACAAAAAUAAAAGAACAGCUUUUGUUACUCUGCUAAAUGGAGAACAGGCCCAAAAUGCAAUUCAGAAAUUUCACCAACACUGUCUUCGUGGUAAAGAAAUAUCAGUGCAGCUGCAACCAACAGAUGCUUUGCUUUGCAUUACCAAUUUGCCCACCUCAUUUACGUUACAAGAAUUUGAUGAACUGGUGCGUACAUAUGGCAAUGUCGAGAGAUGUUUUCUGGUCUAUAAUGAAGUUACUGGCCAUUCAAAGGGUUACGGGUUUGUGGAAUACAUGAAAAAGGACUCUGCUGCAAAGGCUAGACUGGAACUUCUGGGAAAACAGUUAGAUGAAAACACCCUCUUUGCGCAGUGGAUGGAUGUUAAUCAGUUGACCAUGGAUCUUCUUCAUUCUAAGUGCCUUUGUGUUGAUAAACUCCCUAAAGACUAUGCUGAUUCAGAGGAACUGAUGCAAGCUUUCUCACUGAAAUAUAAACCUGUGUUCUGCCAGUUUGCUCAGAAUGAAGACAGUUAUAUUGGUGGCUUUGCAGUAAUUGAGUAUGAGACUUCAGAGCAGACGGAGAAAGUGCGAGAAGCCACAGAUGGUAUGAUUAUCAAAGGAAAGAGAGCCCAGGUUUCAUACUGUGCUCCUGGGGCACCAGGGCGAAGCACACUAGCAGCACUUAUUGCAGCCCAAAGGAUGAUGAGAAACAAUAGGAAAGGAUUGCUUCCAGAGCCAAACGCAGUCCAGAUUAUGAAAAGUUUAAAUAACCCGGCCAUGCUACAGAUACUUUUGCAGCCCCAGUUGCGUGGAUGUGCUGGUAAACCUGUUCUUGGAGCUUCUGCUGGUUUCCCUCAUCUUGUAAAUACAGCAGUCAGCCCAGUUUUGAAUCUGAAUCAAGUUCACCAGAACUCAGUUUUGGGGAACACACCUACAUUACUACUGCAGAAUCCUUCCCAUUUACAACUGUCACGGCGGCAGCUAAUGAAGAUUGAGAAUCUUCAAACUAACAGUAAACCUGGUUUACUUGGAGAGCCUCCAACAAUGUUACUUCAGACUGUAUUGGGAAUAGGGCCAACACCAUCAAUGAGUGCAGGCAUGGGAAACCGUGGAGAAGCUCAUACAUCAUCCAGUCUGACUCCAACUGCAGCAGCAGUAGGGAUGGGCAUGUUUCCAUUCUUUCCAAAUCAGCACAUUAUUGGACAAGCUAUACCAUGGCAAAACAACACUCAGGAUAAACAAUCAACUACAGCGGGACUGUCAGAAGGAGCUGUCUCGGGGUCUCAGGCUUAUCUGCAGAGCUUAACAAAUCUCACUGCUGGAGACUUGCAGAGAGGACCCCCCAAACAGCAAAGUCAGCUAAAAAGCACUGAUACAGCUGCAGGGAUUUCCUCAAAAAAACAGACCUCGCUGCUGGGGGAUCCACCAAAAGAAAUCCGGCUUAGUACCAAUCCCUACUUGAAUUUGGCAAGUGUGUUGCCUGGUAUGUGUCUUUCAGCAAUUGCCAGUAAAGCCCCUAAUGCUCAACAGCAGACUGGACUUUCAAGCCAUGUGCUAGAUGCUGGUGUCUCUCAGGGAAAUAUAUCACAACAUGCAACAGAAAAUUAUUUGAAUUGCUCUCAGCAGCAGGGGGAUUAUCCGCAGGAGGCUCUCCAACAGUGGUACCAGCACUGUGCUCAAACAUACAGUGCUUCCCAAGUAAGAGUAGGGGAUUUUGAAAAUGAAGCUUCUGAGGAAUCUGCUGGCGGGCAACACCCAGACUACAAUACCUACUUGCAUGUCAUGCCUUCCUGUUACACUGGAGCCCAGGGAUCAUAUCAGCCAGGCAGCUUGCCAGGCUCACAAAGUCCAUUAAACAAGGUGGCACCAGUUAGAAGUGAAAAGCGAGGCUCUUCGUACCUCAUUUCUUCCCCAGAUGCUGGGCCAGUGGAAUACAUUGACCAGCAUGCUCAGGACAAUACAGUACAUCAUGCAGAAUCCUAUCUUAAAAAGAAACGUGUUUAUUGAUAUCCAGUCAACAGAUCCUGCCUUAAAGGGAAAAGGCAAUCUUUUCUUACCUGUGCUCUUUAUUGCUGCCUUAACUUCACGCACACCAUCCAUAUAUAUGAGUUACAGACACUCAAAAGAAACAAUACUGUACAGCAGGCAAAUUUGCCAAAUCAACUAUUAUGUAGCAAUAAAAAGACAUUUACUUAGAUAUUCUUCACUAGUGUCACCUGCCUUGCUAAAUACGGUAGUGGUGUUUCCAUUACUACUUUUGUCUUAUUGUACAUUGCUGAAAUUAAUAAUCAUCUUCAGCCUGUAAAGGAAUUAAAUUUGGUAGGUUUUGGUGUGAGUCAAAACCAAUAAGAAUAGUGGUGUGGGAGAAGUCUUGAUCCUUAGACGAGGAAGUUGAGAUGAAUGAGUUUUAGUAAUCAUUUCACUAAAAUUCUGAGGUUUAUCCAUUCCAGGGUUUACCCUUCUGCACUUAAAGCUUUUAUGUUUUUUGGUAACCUUACACUUUGAAUGGAGGCAUAGCUACUUUUCCUGAAAAAUCCUGGAUUCCAUGGUAAAAAUGUUCUGUUAAAACUAACACACUGUUGUGUGCCUAGGAGCCUUGCAAUAUCAAAUCAGAUUUGAACAGAAUUUAUACAAAGUAUGUACUCUUGGUCACUUCCUGGAUAAAAAAUCACCUGUCAUUUUUCCUAUGCAAGAUACUGCUUGUAAGGGGACAUUUUCCUCCCUGUGAUUGUAAAAUCUAUCUGAAAUACUAGGUCCUACUAGCCUAGUGACACCUGGGGUGUUGUAAGACCCUUUUAAGAGUGGCAUAGGGUGCACAGAGCUUGUUCCUGCCCAGCACGCUGUGAGAGCAGGUAAGCACUGUAAUUUGAGAGAUGGGGAGCCAUUUAGUUCACCAAAAUUAUGGAGAGGUGCCUUGAGUCUGAAAAGGUUGAGUACCACUGUGCUACACAUUGGAUCUAGCUUUGCGAGUGAGCAGCCUCCCAAAAACUAAAAGGCAAGAAGCAAUUUGGUGUUGCCACAACAAUAAGACAACAGAAGUCCCUGUUCCCCCGAGCACUACCAGGAGUGGCUAGAAAUAAUGGUCACAAGCUGGCAGAGGGUAGAUUCAGACUAGACAUCAGGAGGCACUACUUCACAGUCAGGGCGGCUAGGA